GCCGACGUAGCACCCAUCGCGUAGAACGAAUGUACGCGGUCUCCGCUGUCGUUGACUUAGCGAACGACUCGGUAUCGUCUUAUAAAUAACUGAUAAAUUAUAGGGAUCUUUUAAAAACAAUAUUAUAACAUUAUACGAUAUACUUGUAAAAUAUAUUAAUUAACGGCUGUGGAAACAAAUUGACACGCAACUUCAUUGGUGUUAUAAAAACACAAACAAUUAGACAGUGUUUUGGAAAGGAUAUAAUUAUAUCCCUUAAUAGUGAACUGAUUUUAACUGUGACUGAAUUUGAAAGUGAAAUUUAUAGUUUUAUUAUGUAGCUGUGAAGGCGUAGACAAAAUGAAGAUGUUUACCUUAUUAGCCGUUUGCGCGUUGACCUCAGCGUACAAGAUUACUCAACUUAAAGUGCCGCUGUACGCAGACCCGCGUCGCGCGGCUGAGCUUAGCUGCCACUUUCAAAUGGAUGACCAGAAGUUGCAUUCGGUCAAAUGGUACCGAGACAUGCACGAGAUCUUCCGAUAUAAUCCGUCACAAAAGCCUCCGAUCCGCCUGUUCAAUGUGACCGGUAUCAUGGUGCAAGGCGGAGAGUGCCAGGCAGAGUGGUGUAUGGUGAGGGUGAUGCCGCCGCCUGUCGCUGCAAGAGCCGCUUACAGCUGUGAAAUAUCCACUGAGGGACCGAAGUUCCAGAUAGCGCGGCAGACUAAGCAUAUGACUGUUGUCGCGAUGCCAGAGAGAGAUCCUGCUAUUAUUGGAGCUCCCAAAUUAGUGAAGCCUGGAGAACAAAUACUGCUUAAUUGCACCUCGGAUUACUCGCUGCCACCUGCUGAUAUCAAUUGGUAUAUUGAUAAUGAUCUCCAGAAGCAAGAGCCGUGGCACCGCACCGAGUUGACCUCACCUCGGCAAGGAGGCCUACGUGCGUCUUGGCGAGUUCUACGCGUCCCGGUUCCUCCAGCAGAAAGCGGGGCAUUGAGCGUGCGAUGCGAAGCGAUCCUGCCCGUGGAACCGCCGGUCAUUCGAGAUGCGGAUGCUGUCCUGACGCUGUACUCUCGUACACAACUCUCCAAAUACGUCUCGAGUUCAGGUACAAGCUUGGGAUUUCAAUUUAGUUUUCUAACGUAUUUGUAUUCUGUAUUGAAAAUAAGUUUAUGAGGCUCACAAUGAACAGAAAAGGUGAUAUUAGUGUAACUUUGGUCUAAUUGUCCAAACGAAAGAGCGACUUUAGCGUUUGUUAGUACAAUAUGGAUUUCAAAAUAAAAUAUAUAUAGGUAACAGCAGCCAAUAUAAAACUUCAGGUGCCAAAUGAGAACAUGAAAUACACCUCUAGUGCUCAAAUAUUCAAAAGCCACUCAAAUAUUAAUAACGUCACUAAUCUUUCUGAGCCAAUCCCAUAUUUGUUUGACUUUUGUGCAUUUGGACUUCAGAUACGUAAUAUAAGGUAUAGUAUGACUAUUUGUGCUAUGAUAAAUUGUACAGUAAUAUUAUGUUGUGACUUAGAAACAAUUUAUUUUUUGUAUAUGGAGCUGAAGCGAUUAAUUGGUAUCAUUAGUGCACUAUUGAGUUGUCAUAUGCAUUGAUGAUUAUAUUUAUAAUAAUUAAAUAAAUAUCUUAUUGAAAAUAUAAACCCAUUACUUUAUGAAUCGAACAGAGUUUAAAAUGUUUUUUUCUAUAUGAACUAUUUAAUACGUAAACUGCUAAAAACACGGCUUGCGUCAAAUCAUAUCUUAUAAUAAAAGCUCGUUGCUUUUUCUUCGAAAAGUAUCUUAUUAAUACUGAGUAGUUGGCAUAACUCACGGACUUGAAUUAUAUAACUGCAUUUACAAAUUAAUGUCAACUACGUCAGCUUUAGAACUCUGGAUUUAUUUUAACCAAUAUUUCGCAAUAAAGCCUCGGUCUGAGACCUCAUAGGAUUGCCAAUCAUUAUUUUUGUUAUUACCUUAACUCUUUUAUUACAAAUUUAAUAUAUAUCUUCUCACUUUAGAAUACUUUACCGUUUUUUGUUUGUUUAUUAUGUUUUAAAUUUAAUGAUAAUAUCUGGAUUUUUUCUAUAUGAUAAAUUAGCACAUAUAAUAAUUAAAUUUAAUGUAUGGCUGUGUUUCACAUAUUAAGGUAAUGUCAAUUCUUUGCACGAAAUUGUUUGCAACCUUUCAU